CCCCGUGUCUACAAUGCCCAGGAGAAGCAGCUCAACAAGGUGUCUGCCACCAUCACCCAGCCCAAGUCCCAGGGUGCUUCCCAGGCCAUGCUCUACGCCACCGGCCUCAACGAGGACGACAUGAACAAGGCCCAGGUCGGUAUCUCGUCUGUCUGGUAUGACGGCAACCCUUGCAACAUGCACCUUCUCGACCUCUCCGGCCUCGUCAAGGAGUCCGUCGCCAAGGUUGGCCUCGUCCCCAUGCGCUUCAACACCAUCGGUGUCUCGGACGGUAUCUCCAUGGGUACCACCGGUAUGCGCUACAGCUUGCAGUCCCGUGAGAUUAUUGCCGACUCCAUCGAGACCGUCAUGAACGGCCAGUGGUACGACGCCAACAUCUCCCUC